AUGACUUCCUGCCAGAAAGCAUGCUGUUGGACAGAUCGCGAUCUGGAGGUAGAAUCUGCUCAGAUGUCCAAUGUCACACACUGCGAAGAUUCCGAUUGCAAAUUUUCUGUGGAAGCCUCAGGAUGUCACAAAUGUCACUGUCACACGCUGUCACAAGUGCAAGAUGCUGCAGGGCUCUUUCAGGGGCUCUUUCAGGCACUUUCAUGCCUGGUUAUUAUUUUGAAACGAGGCCUGGUCUUCCUGGACUUCAUGCAACUCGAGUCUUUGGCUUACACAUCUUGCACUUUGCGCACUGUUUCCCCAGAGAACUUAGAAGGCAGCCUUGUGAACGUGGAAGGCUUUGACCAAUCGACGCGGCACAGAGAGAUUGAAGAGCCAGCAGGGCCUGACGGGCACGGAGCCCGGAGCCAGGCAUGGAAGGCCUUGGUGUGGCUCACAUAA